AGAGUGGUAUGCGUUUCCUGACAGGGUAUGUUGAGAGACCGAGUGAGGGACUGGUGCCACCUAGUCCUGGAUUGAUAAUCUUUGAGUGUUCUUCGAAUAUUAUGCCGGAUAACUUCAGCUCUUCCGCCUGCCAGGCAGAUAAGCAACGGCUCUUGGAGUUUCUACAUGCUAUUCCCGACAUUCAAUCCUAUCGUGCAAGCCUACUGAUUAUCGUUCAUGGUGAUUUCUUUUCUGGAUCUACUGCAUUGAUAUGUCGCAACCUUGGACUCGAUACCUUACCACCUUCAGUACAAGACGCACGUGUUGUUACCCUGAAGAAUGAAAGCGUAUGGGUUCCGGAAAUAGAGGAUAGUCUCAUGUCCCUGCAGUUCGACGUAUUCGGCCUGCCCAUUGAAGGAACCUCUCCUCGAGACUGUAUGGAUCACCUGAUCAUGCUGUGGGGUCAGAAGCUCUGGGACGCCCUUCCGGAACUACCUGGAACGCCCAUCAUCCAACCAAUGUUCCAAGCCUUCAUAUCUGGAAUCGAUGUUGCGUCUUCUCAGCUCUGGAAAAUGAGUGUUCAGGCAGACUCGCCAUGCCCUCUCUCCUUGCCUUCGUUUGCACAUCGACGCACCUCAACGUGGAAACAGGCAAUCGAGGCUGUGGGGGAAUAUCUGCAGCAACCCGUCUUUGGUCAUGGUUACGCGAUCUCUCAGGCCCGUCAAUUUUUGCACCAGCUCGCCGGCCAAGUUGCGAAGGCCCCGAAAACAUACGGGAUAGAGGUCUUUCCAAUCUUUGAGCACAUUGGUAAUCAUGUCGCUGGUAUGAUCAUCGCAGAUUCUUCUCGGGUCACAUUUCGAGACGAGUUCCUUGGACGUGAUUUACUUCCUGCUCUCCAAAAGAACGUUCGCUCGAACUGGGCUGCAGUGAUUGCGGAUUUCAACAUUGCUUAUCAGAGCCUACCUCAAUGUUCUUCCCCCUUGUUAUCAACCAAGAGAGAACGAGGGGAUGAUCCCUUGGUAGGGGAGGACAUGAAGAUGAGUCCGCCGAAACGAACAAAAAUUGGUCAAAACAAUGUCUCAGUUGUCAACGGUGCAUUGUCUGCACCGAGAACUACGUCGACCCGUCCCAAGAAGGGUACCCUCCAUUCUCUUCGGGCACGCAUUAAGCUUGCAAAUGCCUUGGCUGCUGGAGAAACGGACGGACACUAGUAGUUAGUUUGUGAUAUUUCUCCAUGUGCACUUCAGACGUUUCUCGCAUUGUACUAUCUGUCACAGCCAAGCCUGCCACUGUAUUUUAUACAAUAGUCUCGUAGCUAUAUUCACCUGUAAUUCCAUCGAAGCUAGAAUGGAGGCUUCGAGUAC